AUGUCAGAUCCUGUCUCGGUUGCCGUGGGCUGUGCCGUCGGCAUUCCAUGCGGUUUGGCGUUAAUUAUCGCAUUCAUCUUCUGGUACCGAAUGCAGCUGAGGUUCAAAAAAGAAGCGGAAGCUGAUACUGAAUCCCUGAGAGAAGAGGGCCCAAUAAGCUUUGACAACUUCGAAACAUUGAAACAAACAAAAGAGAGGGGAAACCGGGAAAAUAUAGAGAAGAUUAUUGAGAACUCUGGUUCAUCUGAAAAUACAACAAAUGAUGAAGAGAAAGAUGGGACCAAUGGGACUGCUACUGCAGGAAACUCGGGAGAUGGUAAACAGCCUCAAAGAUCUGGAAGCAGAUAUAUCCCAGCUUAUCGACAGAAGCUCAACCUGUCUUUGAGUAAGCGGCGAAAUUCGGGGAAGGGCGAUGAGUUGAAAGGCUCCCUUGAUAAUUCAACAACUUCUUUGGAGACGCCUCGAAAUCAGAAUACACCAACGACAGUGCUGGAUCAAAUUAUCCCUGUUAUGCCCAUGCCAGGAUCUGGGUCGGCUCAGUUUUCUACCUCCGAAUUUAGCUUGCAGAAUGACCAGUAUUCAAGCAAUGAACACCUGAUAAAAAAUCUUCACAAUCAAGAUUUCGGUUCUUACCCCAGAAGAAAGUCAUCAGCCACCUUAAGCGUCAUGAAUCCCGCCAAUCAGUCGAAUUCGUCUUUACACACACGUGCGUCUUCUGUUCACUCGCUAUCAAAGAAGAGUGCCGAAAAUAUUUUUGAGACACCAAAGAGUCAAAGCUUUGUACCAUUGGAAGAGCCAUCCCAAGCAGCUGACGAUAAGAGCGAGAUAUACAUGUUAAAGAAUAACUACGACGUAUCAAACGCCGAGGAAAUUGCCGAGGAAGAUCAGUAUGAAAACGAGUUUACUAACUACUCGGACAACAAACGAGAGUUUAUAAACAGUUUACGGCCCAGGAAGGUCUAA